UCCGGCAUGAGCGAGGCGCGGCUGCGGCCCGGGCGCGGCCCCGGCGGGGCCCGAGACCCCCAGGACAAGGAGUCAGAAUCUGAGAACAGGCUGGAUGGAGAGACAGCGUCAGACAGCGAGAGCAAGUCCGAGUUCGGGGGGUCCUCGCCUGUGCCCACCUCAGAUGACACCCCAGAGGUGCUGAACAGGGCCCUGUCCAACCUGUCCUCGAGAUGGAAGAACUGGUGGGUGAGAGGGAUCCUCACGCUGGCCAUGAUCACCUUCUUCUUCAUCAUCAUCUACCUGGGCCCCAUGGUGCUGAUGACAAUAGUGAUGUGUGUGCAGAUCAAAUGCUUCCACGAGAUCAUCACCAUCGGCUACAACGUGUACCACUCCUACGACCUGCCCUGGUUCAGGACGCUCAGCUGGUAUUUCCUGCUGUGUGUGAAUUAUUUCUUCUACGGGGAGACGGUCACUGAUUAUUUCUUCACGCUGGUGCAGAGGGAGGAGCCGCUGAGGAUCCUCAGCAAAUACCAUCGCUUCAUCUCCUUCGCCCUCUACCUCACAGGGUUCUGCAUGUUUGUGCUGAGCCUGGUGAAGAAGCACUACCGCCUGCAGUUCUACAUGUUUGGCUGGACCCACGUGACGUUGCUGAUCGUGGUCACCCAGUCCCACCUCAUCAUCCACAACCUGUUUGAAGGAAUGAUCUGGUUCAUCGUGCCCAUCUCCUGUGUGAUCUGCAAUGACAUCAUGGCCUACAUGUUCGGCUUCUUCUUCGGCCGCACGCCGCUCAUCAAGCUCUCCCCAAAGAAGACCUGGGAGGGUUUUAUUGGAGGAUUUUUUUCCACUGUUCUCUUUGGGUUGCUGCUGUCCUACGUGAUGUCGGGGUACCGCUGCUUCACGUGCCCCGUGGAGUUCAACAACGACACCAACAGCUUCACCGUGGACUGUGAGCCCUCGGAGCUGUUCCAGCUGCAGGAGUACAACGUCCCCGUGCUGCUGCACUCCGUGCUGGGCUGGAGGACCGUGAGGAUGUACCCCUUCCAGAUCCACAGCAUCGCCCUCUCCACCUUCGCCUCCCUCAUCGGGCCCUUCGGCGGCUUCUUCGCCAGCGGCUUCAAGAGGGCCUUCAAAAUCAAGGACUUUGCCAACACCAUCCCAGGCCAUGGGGGCAUCAUGGAUCGCUUCGACUGCCAGUACCUGAUGGCCACCUUUGUCAACGUCUACAUUGCCAGCUUCAUCAGGGGCCCCAACCCCAGCAAGCUGAUCCAGCAGUUCCUGACCCUGAGGCCAGAGCAGCAGCUGCACAUCUUCAACACCCUCAAAGCUCACCUGGUGGACAGGGGAGUGCUGGCCAGCCUGGAGGAUGCAUAGGCAGGAGCUUGGAGCAGGACUGAGAGCACACAGGCCUCCUCCAGGGAGUCCCCUGAUUUCAGACAAUAACAAGGCCUCAUUUCACUGUAACUUUUUCUUCCUUUCUUGGUAAAUGUUUGCAUUUGUGGUUUAUUUUAUUUUAUUUUUUUUUUCUAAAUAAUAUAUUUAUAGAGCUUUGGUUCAAAGAGCGAAUGCUGGGUUUGUAGCUGAGAGGAGGUGAGGGGUGGUGGAGCAGGAGGGGAUGGAUGGCUGUCCUGCUCAGGGGGCAGCUCUGGGACCCUCCUCGUGUGCUGGGGAAUGUCCCAAGGCAAUUCCUGCCCGAGGGAAUCUCCUGGCACAGGGAGAGGAUCCUGUGUGAGCCCAUUCCCGCUGCAGCUGCUCUCAGUGCUGCUCCUGCAGUGCCUCUCACAUUCCCUCUCCUCUGCCCUGGCAAAUCACAUUUUUGUGGCCACCCAAAGCAGGAGCAGGCUGGGCACAGGGAGUGGCAGCUGUGUGUGGGAACGUGGGAGCUUCGGAUUCCCCCAGAACCCAUGGAGGUAAACGAGACUUAGAAGUUUCACUGAGCAAUUCCUGCCAGGUGAGAACAAUUUUUAAACUCCUUGGUUUGUUUCCCCCAUUAAAUAACCUUUAGAACCACACUUCUUCAUUUCUCCAAGCUUGGAAACCCCACAUGAGAUGUUUGAAGGAGCCUGGGCAGCAGUUCCCAGGCAGUUUCUGGGGGUUUUGUUUUCUUUCAGGGAUCAUGUCUGUUUGUUACUUGAGUUGUAGAAGUCGUGCUGCUGAGUUUACCAAGGUCUGUGUUGCAUUUCAGUCUGGGUUCAUUUCUCUGCAGGCUUCUGUCCUGCUUGGCUCACUGAAUCUUGUCAGAGGUAGUUUGUACUUUUUAGCUGCAGGUUUUAUGAAGUACUUUCCUUUAUUUUGUCAUACUUUUUUAUUAUUUAAAAAUGAGAGAGCCCUAAAGAUUGUAAAACUUUCCUUUUUUUUUUCUUUUUUCCUUUUUUUUUUUUUUUUUUGUGACCAGAUAGUGAAAAUAUCCCCAUUUACUCCUUGUGGAAACACGAGGGGACUCUGCUUUUCCUUCUUUCCAUAGUUUGUGCAUGGGAGAGAGAAACUUUACUUUGUUUUAGCCCAGGGAACGAGUGACAGGGAGAGCUCCUGCAGAACUACAUUGGAGUUUUCAAGCAGUUGCUGCCACAAAGCUUCAGCCACCCGUGAGCCCCUGCACCUGCUUGGCAUCAGCAGAGAACAAACCGCCUGAAAAUGCCCAAAAUUCAGAGCUUUUCACAGCCUGAGUGUGUGUAAAUGCACAGCAGAGGUGCCAGCCGUGCCCUCUCCUGCCCUGCUGUGGGGCUGUGCUGGGCUCUGCUCCCUGGGCAGGUGUUGGGUGGGAAGCACAGGAGGCUCUGCUCUUACAAAGCAUUCCAAAUUCCUGCUGGAAGGUUCUGUCCAGGACUGCCUGUGGUGUUCGUGUGGCUUUCUCCUGGUUGUGGAUUCCUCCUGUGCUUGCUCCCCUCCAGCUGCAAUUAGGUUUUUAUUUAUUUUCUGUCCACGGAGCAGAUUUUGCUGCAAGCCCCUGACACAGGAACUGCAGAGGAGAAGGAGGUGCCCCCACCUUGCCCAGGGCAGUGUUUGGGCAGUGUUAAUUAAUUUAAAUUAAAAUUAAUUUUAGUGUGGGGCAGUGCCAGGGGGGCUGCCUGGGUGCUCCUGCCCUUUGCCCAAAGCCCUGGCAGAAGUGACAGUGUUGAUAAAUAUCCCAAAGCUGUGCUCUGUCCUUAGUGAGAAAUCCCUUGGUGGGUUUUUAGUCUCCUGCUCGUCUGCUUUAACCCUUUAGUUCCUCUCGUGCUGUGAGCAGCAGGGCAGAGCUUUGCUGGGCCAGGGCUGUCAGUGCUGGCUGUGGGCACUGGAGGGCAAAGCAGCUCCAGGGAGCAGCAGCAGCUCUGCCUGGGGUGCCUGCCCUGCCAGAAAUGGCCUGGUCAGAAGUGAAUUCCCUGAUCAGAAAUGUCCUGAUUAGAAAUGCCCUGAUCAGAAAUGAAUUCUGUGAUGAGAAGUGUCCUGAUCAGAAAUUAAUUUUGUGAUGAGAAGUGUCCUGAUCAGAAAUUAAUUCCCUGAUCAGACAAUGCCCUGAUGAGAAAAUUCUCUGAUUAGAAAAUGCCCUGAUGAGAAAUGCCCUGAUCAGACAUUCCCUGAUCAGAAAUUCCCUGACCAGCUUUGUUCCUGCCCCCUCCCUCCAAACCUGGGCUGCUCCUCAGGGGCAGAGCUGCCUGGGAAGGGUUUCCUGCAUGGAAAAAAUCCCUUGAAAGCCAUUAAAGGGUGGGAACAGUGAAGGGUGGGAACAGCUGGGCUCUGGGCUUGUCUGCAGGUUGUGCAGCUGAGCUCACAGGGCUGGGAGCUGACUUGAACCCUGGGUUUGGGAUGGAGGGGGGUUAAAUCUUGUCCCACCUCCUGGGGCAUCCUGCAGGUGUGCUGUGGGCCUGGGAUGGGAGUUUGGGAAGGAUGGGAGCUGCAGGCCUGGCUCUGGCUGUUCCUGCUGCCCAGGGAUGUGCAGGAGCCCACGUGGCCCUGGGGAUGCUGAACUUGGGGGAUUUGGGGCCAAAGUGACCCCAGGGACGGGGCAGAUGUGCAGGGCUGGAGCUCAGCCUGGCACAGGGAAAGGUUCAGAGCAGGGAAGAUGCAAAGGUUCAGAGCAGGGCAGGGCAGGGGAGUGCUGCCAGCUGGGAGCAGGGGACAGGGACAGGAUCCCCAUCAAGGUCCCAGGGUGUGGAGCCAGCAGCCAGGGAGGGGGCAGGGCCCGUGGGGAUGGCACACUGGGCACCCCCAGGUGAUUCUUGGGUUUGGACACGGGUUUGACCUAAGGCUGGGCCAGGCCUGGGGGCACCUGGGUGGGAAUUUUGCUUUUCCUUGCUUGGUUUUAGCCCAGGUGAGGCUGCAGGUGGGAGCCCCUGCUCAGGGAAGCACCAGAGCUGGGAUCAGCCUGGGUUAAACAGAGUUAGCAGGGUGAAAGAGAAUGAGCAGGGUUAAACAGAAUUCCCAGGGUGAAACUGAAUUCCUGGAGAUAAACAGAAUUCCCAGGGUGAAACUGAAUUACCAGGGUUUAACAGAGUUACCAGGGUGAAAUUGAAUUACCAGGGUUUAAAUUUAACAGAGUUACCAGGGUGAAGACAGGAUUCCCAGGGUAAACAGGAUUACUGGAGUUAAACAGAAUUGCCAGGGUUAAACAGAAUUCCCUGGGCUCAGCAGUGCCCCUGAGCUGAGGGCAGCUCUUGAGUGGAGCCAGGAUCCUGCAGCAUCCCCCAGAGCUCCCAGGGAAUGUCACAUCCCAGGGAAUGUCACAUCCCAGGGAAUGUCACAUCCCAGGGGACAGCUGUGUCCCCAAGGCCCCCUGGCAGCCCCUGCUCUCCAGCCCUGGCUGUUCUUUCCCUGUGCUUUGGUUUUGGUUCCAGUUCUAGCUGCACACGUAGAGUUGCCUUCCUUUGACCGAAUGUUCGAAUGUGAAAUAUUGUAUAUUUUAAAGUAUUUACCCUAUUUAUAUACUGUAUGUUACUGUUAAAUAAAUAUAAAUUCCAUUA